AUGGAGGUGCAGUCUGAUCAUGCAUCUGCUGAGGAUUGCGAUCUCGAAGAGUUCGUCUUCGAUGAUGAUGAACUCAUGGGCAGUUCGCGUACUUCCCCUAAAGCAAAGGGUCUAAUCCCCCGCUACCACUCACCAGAGUCCCUGGAUAGGCGGAUUGACGAGCUUGUUCACGAAACUGCAGACCUCUUGGGCCUAGACGAGGCUGUUGUUGGAAUCCUACUACGCGCGUUUGACUGGCGAAGCGACGCCUUAGUCCAGGAGUGGUUCAAUGACAGCGCUGCGGUUCUUCGAAAGGGGAGGCUUCCACCUGAGCUUCGGGAGGCGGAGAAGGAGCAUAACACAAAUUCCGCUGCCUCCGAUGGCUAUGCUCCUGCUCACAGCCGAACGGAUGCAAAGGAAGCUGCAGCGGGAGAGGCUCCAUCUUCUGCGGAAGCGCCCAAUAAGGAAGAAGCUGGCGGCAUGUUUGAGUGCCCUGUCACUGCAAAUCUUGUUCCCAUGAGUGACACGUUUGCUCUCAAGUGCAACCACCGAUUUUCCAAUGCCGCCUGGAUAGGAUAUUUAGACGCGUUGGUAACAGAGAGCCCGCAGCGUGCUCUUGAUGCCCGGUGCCCCUUUCCUGGAUGCUUAGAGCUCGUAACUAUGGAUGUGUGGCACUUUUUCCGGGGACCGCCAGCAGUUGCCCGGCUCCGAAUGUUUGCUCGUGAGCAGUUUGUGGGGAAGCACCUUGCUGUUGCCUGGUGCCCGUCGCCUACGUGCGAACAAGCAGUGGAGUUGGUCCCAGCAGCAAUGAGCUGCUCGGACACUGAAUCUUCCUUUUGCAACUUGUCAGCAGCAGAAGUUGCACCGGUCGCAGAUGUGACCUGCAGUUGCGGCGCUCGCUUUUGCGUCCUGUGUGGCAACGAGCCUCACCGCCCCAUUUCUUGUCGCGUCAUCGCAGCGUGGAUGCGGAAGAACGUCCGAGAGGCCGACAGCGUGACUUGGAUUUCUUGCAAUACGCAGCCAUGCCCCAAGUGCCACCGCCCGAUCCAAAAGGAUAAGGGUUGCAUGCACAUGCGCUGCUAUUGCCAGCAUGAGUUCUGCUGGCUGUGUCUUGGUGAUUGGAAGCAACACUCUACUAGGAGUUUUUAUCGUUGCAAUGUUUAUGAGCAGCGAGGCGGUGAAUCUCAACAGAACGGCGGCACCGCGGACGCGCAACACUCGCUUGAGCGGUAUGCGCACUUUUUUGAACGCUACAGAGCACACAAUCACGGACAGCAAGUGGCAGCGCGCAUGCAGUCCAGCCAGCUACAGAAGUGCCGGGAAGUCGCCGCCACUGCUGGAGGACCUGGCAUGCGUUCAUCAGUGGAUACAGCUUCUCCUCACGCUGCAGCUGAUGCGGAAGAGGGGAAAGUUCCGGAUGGAUGUGGAUCGGAAAGCAGCAGCCCUACAUUAUCAGGGGAACGAAAUGGCAAUUCCCCGUCCAGCAGGGAUGCAGAAAGUCCCGUUAAUUUCGGAGACUUUGACUGGGACUUCUUGGAGAAGGGCUGGCUGCAAGUGGUGGAGUGCAGGCGAAUGCUGAAGUGGUCGUAUGCAUUUGCAUUUUUCGCUGAGUUCCCGGAAAGUCGGCAGAAGCACCUGUUUGAGUUUCAUCAAGGGCAACUCGAAAGGAACCUGGACCUCCUUCAGGAAAGACUUGAAACUUUCGAGCCGAAGGCGUACGUUGAUAGGGACCCUGCAGACCUCAUUGCUUUCAAGAUGCAAAUGCUUGACUUAACUGCAGUCGUCCGCGGAUUUUUCGCGAAAAUAUGCGAUGUAUUCGAAGAUGAGUUUGUGGCAGAUGCAAUGCAUGUUAACGACAGAGAAACAGGCUGA